AUGCGCGGGACGGCGCGAUCGGGGCCGCGGGGCCGGGGCCGCCUCCCCGGGACCCGCGGCCUGAGGGCCCCGCCGCCGCCGCUGCUGCUCCUAUUCGCGCUGCUGCCGCUGCUACCCGCGCCCGGCGCCGCCGCCGCCCCGGCCCCGCGGCCUCCUGCGCUGUCGCCGGCGGCUGCGGGGCCCAGCGUGAGCCUCUACCUGAGCGAGGACGAGGUGCGCCGGCUCAUUGGUCUUGAUGCAGAACUUUAUUAUGUGAGAAAUGACCUUAUUAGUCACUACGCCUUAUCCUUUAACCUGUUAGUACCCAGUGAGACAAAUUUCCUGCACUUCACUUGGCAUGCAAAGUCCAAGGUUGAAUAUAAGCUGGGAUUCCAAGUAGACAAUUUUGUGGCUAUGGACAUGCCCCAGGUCAACAUUUCUGCUCAGGGGGAAGUUCCACGCACUUUAUCAGUGUUUCGGGUCGAGCUUUCCUGUACUGGCAAAGUAGAUUCUGAGGUUAUGAUACUAAUGCAGCUCAACUUGACAGUAAAUUCUUCAAAAAACUUUACAGUCUUAAAUUUUAAACGAAGGAAAAUGUGCUACAAAAAACUUGAAGAAGUAAAAACUUCAGCCCUGGACAAAAACACUAGCAGAACUAUUUAUGAUCCUGUACAUGCAGCUCCAACCACUUCUACACGUGUGUUUUAUAUCAGCGUGGGGGUUUGCUGUGCAGUAAUAUUUCUUGUAGCAAUAAUAUUAGCUGUUUUGCACCUUCAUAGUAUGAAAAGAAUUGAACUGGAUGACAGCAUCAGUGCCAGCAGUAGUUCCCAAGGGCUGUCUCAGCCAUCUACCCAGACGACUCAAUAUCUGAGAGCUGACACACCCAACAAUGCAACUCCUAUCACCAGCUCCUCAGGUUAUCCUACCUUGCGGAUAGAGAAGAACGACCUGAGAAGUGUCACUCUUUUGGAGGCCAAAGCUAAGGUGAAGGAUAUAGCAAUAUCCAGGGAGAGGAUAACUUUAAAAGAUGUACUCCAAGAAGGUACUUUUGGGCGUAUUUUCCAUGGGAUUUUAGUAGAUGAAAAAGAUCCAAAUAAAGAAAAACAAGCAUUUGUAAAAACAGUUAAAGAUCAAGCUUCUGAAAUUCAGGUGACAAUGAUGCUCACUGAAAGUUGUAAGCUACGAGGUCUUCAUCACAGAAAUCUUCUUCCUAUUACGCAUGUGUGUAUAGAAGAAGGAGAAAAGCCCAUGGUGAUACUGCCUUACAUGAAUUGGGGGAAUCUUAAGUUGUUUUUACGGCAGUGCAAAUUAGUAGAGGCCAAUAAUCCGCAGGCAAUUUCUCAACAAGACCUGGUACACAUGGCCAUUCAGAUUGCCUGUGGAAUGAGCUAUCUGGCCAGAAGGGAAGUCAUCCACAAAGACCUGGCUGCUAGGAACUGUGUGAUUGAUGACACACUUCAAGUUAAGAUCACAGACAAUGCCCUCUCCAGAGACUUGUUCCCCAUGGACUAUCACUGUCUGGGGGACAAUGAAAACAGGCCAGUUCGGUGGAUGGCUCUGGAAAGUCUGGUUAAUAAUGAGUUCUCCAGUGCUAGUGAUGUGUGGGCCUUUGGAGUGACGCUGUGGGAGCUCAUGACUCUGGGACAGACACCGUAUGUGGACAUUGAUCCCUUUGAGAUGGCUGCGUACUUGAAAGAUGGCUACCGAAUAGCCCAGCCAAUCAACUGUCCUGAUGAACUGUUUGCUGUGAUGGCCUGUUGCUGGGCCUUAGACCCAGAGGAGAGGCCCAAGUUCCAGCAGCUGGUACAGUGUCUCACGGAAUUCCAUGCAGCCCUGGGGGCUUAUGUCUGACUCGCUUCUCACAGUCCCACAGCAUCAGGAGCACUGUGCCUGUCGGGGCUCACUUGGAACCAGUCAUAGAUGCUUCGUACAUCAUACAACACCAGCAGAAGCACAUGUCUUCCGGAACACCGUGCCUUAGGAAUGCUUUAGAAUCUGAACUUUUAAAGACAGACGUAAUAAUGUGGAAUAUUUUCUAGAUAUCAUUUUUAUUAGGUUGAACUGAAAAGCCUUUUGUAAAUUUUUUGGCCCCAAAUUUUUUAAAACAUAGUUACUUUGGACUAGGGGUACAUUCUUACAAAAUAAAUAAACAGUUUUAAAAAUUGUUUAAACACA